AUGAACUCCGCUGACGGAAUUUUUAUCGAUCGUGCGGAAGAUGCUCGCAAACAAGAAAUAACGCAGGAAUAUUUGAAUUUUCUGGAUAACCAAGCGGACACUAAUCAUUAUAGGCAGAAGAUUGUGAAAAUGAUGAUGGAUGGAGAUAGCCGACUGAUUGUGAACUUGGAUGAAAUCCGAGAAAAGAUGCCCCAAAGAGCUGAAGGGCUUUUGAAAGAUUCAGUUUGCGAAUUAAACUGUUUCCAAUCCGCUUUAAUGGAAGCGAUUUCUCGGAGUGAUGUCCAAGCAAACGUCAAAACAGGAUUUCAUAUCGGAUUCGAAGGAACCUUCGGAGAAAGACACGUUAAUGCUCGUUCUCUGAAAUCUACUUAUCUCGGAAACAUGGUAUGCUGCGAAGGAAUUGUCACAAAGUGUUCGUCAGUUCGUCAAAAACUUCUCACUAGUGUGCAUUAUUGUCCUGCGACUAACAAAACUCUCGAGAAGAAAUUUUCUGAUUUUACCAUGCUCGAUGCUGCAUUCACCAAUAAUUCCUAUCCAACUGAGGAUGAGAACAAGAAUCCGCUGGAAACGGAAUUCGGUCACAGUGUUUACAAAGAUCAUCAAACUUUCACCAUCCAGGAACUGCCGGAGUCAGCUCCAGCUGGCCAACUUCCAAGGUCGGUUGAUUGUGUAGCAGAUUUAGAUCUGGCAGAUCGCGUGAAACCUGGAGAUCGUGUUCGAGUAAUCGGUGUUUUCCGAGUUCUUCCAAGCAAACAGCAAGGCGUUUCAACUGGAUCAUUCCGCUCAAUUAUCAUUACUAAUAAUAUUCAACUUCUUUCUAAAGAAGUUAUUCCGAACUUUGAACCGCAAGACGUUAAGGACGUGAGAAAAAUUAGCAAAUCCAGAAACGUUUUCGAGCUUCUUGCCCGAUCUUUAGCUCCGUCAAUCUGUGGACACGAAGAAACUAAAAAGGCUCUUCUUUGUCUUCUUCUAGGAGGAAUGGAGAAGAUAUUAGAUAACGGAAGUCGAUUGAGAGGAGACAUCAAUGUUCUGUUAAUUGGUGAUCCGUCAGUAGCCAAAUCUCAACUUUUGAGAUACGUUCUUCGAAUGGCUCCUCGCGCCAUCACAACCACUGGUCGUGGAUCAUCGGGUGUCGGUCUAACCGCAGCUGUUACAACCGAUCCAGAUUCGGGCGAACGACGACUCGAGGCCGGAGCAAUGGUUCUCGCAGAUCGUGGAGUUGUCUGUAUUGAUGAAUUUGAUAAGAUGUCUGAUAUUGAUAGAACUGCAAUUCAUGAGGUCAUGGAACAGGGAAGAGUAACAAUCUCAAAAGCGGGAAUUCAUGCGAAGCUUAAUGCUCGAUGUUCAGUACUCGCAGCGGCUAAUCCGGUUUAUGGAAGAUACAAUCCUUUCAAAUCUCCCAUGGACAACAUUGGAAUGCAAGAUUCGCUAUUGUCUCGUUUUGAUCUCAUCUUUGUUCUUCUCGACGAGCACGAUGCUGAUAAAGACGCUGAUGUGGCGAGCCAUGUUCUUAAAUUGCACACUUAUCGUGCUCCGGGAGAAGCUGACGGAACUGUAUUGCCGAUGGGAAGCGGUGUUGAAACUGUCAGUACACUAAACGUCGAAUCGAAGAAGUCUCGUAACUCGAUUUAUGAAGAAAAUACUUCUUGGGCUGGAUUGGACGAAUCCGCCAAAAUUUUGACAAUUGAUUUCAUGCGCAAAUAUAUUCAUUUGGCGAAGAACGUCCAACCGAAACUAACCGAUGAAGCUACUGAAUACAUUUCCGAAGUUUACGCCGAAAUUCGAUCAUUCGAUAUUGACAAGACUGAUCAAGAAAGAACGAUGCCAGUGACUGCUCGCCAGCUCGAAACAUUGAUCAGAAUUUCUACCGCAUGUGCGAAAGCGAGAUUCUCGAAGUAUGUCGAGCGCGAAGAUGCUGAAAAAGCUUAUCAUCUUCUCCAUUACGCUUGCUUCAAAGAGAAGCCGAAAGCAAGAAUGGAGUAUGAAAAAAAGAAGAGAGGCGGUGAAACAUACAAGAGCGAUGAUGAGGAAAGUGAGAAGGAGGAGGAAACAAUGGAAGAUCCAGAUGAUGAAUCCGUUCCAACUGCUCCAACUCCCCGUCGUGGUGUUCGUAGACGUGCAGCAGAACUCGAUGAUGACAACGACAGUCAGGAGACAAAUGACACUGUUUCUCAGACAACUGCGCCAAUGGCGAAACGCCAGAAGACCGGUCCUGCCGCGAUUGGAGUCGAUCGGUAUAAGGAACUCCGCAAAUACGUUCGUAAAGCAUUCGAUGAUGCCGGCGUUGCAGACGAGAUGGUUGAAUUGGAAACAAUCACGAGAAGUGUUCAAUCUCAAGCUGGAAAUAAUCGAUUCAGUGAAGAUGAGCUCAGAGCUGGAUUUGAGCAACUUGAAAAUGAUAAUGCUUCAAUGAUUGCUGAUGGUAAAAUUACACUAAUUUAA